CCACAAUUUAACUUUUUUUUUUUCUUGUCUCAUAUUUUCAGAGUGAAGUGUACCACUAUAGGACUAUGAGCGAGGCCACGAGAGACAUCUACAGGACAAAUGGCCUUCGAGGUCUUUACUCCGGUCUUAUUCCGACAUUGGUGCGCGACGCUCCGUACUCUGGAAUCUACCUCGUCUUCUACGUCCAGGCCAAGCGCUUCAUCCCUGAAAGAGUGAGGGAAGGGAGCCACCUGGUGGCCGCCAACUUCACGUGCGGCGUGGCCGCGGGCCUGCUUGCCUCGCUCGUCACGCAGCCGGCCGACGUGAUCAAGACCCACAUGCAGCUGCAGCCCGGCAAGUUCCGGAGUAUCCUCGCCUCCGUUCUCCUCAUUGCCAAGGAGGAGGGCAUGGUUGGUUAUUUCCGUGGGCUGGUACCAAGGAUGCUGCGGAGGACGCUGGUCACUGCCAUGGCUUGGUCAUUCUACGAACAGGCAAUCACUACAUGACGUCUGCUUACACCGUGGUAUUGUCCGUGUCUGUGUUGUGUGGUUACCAAAGGAUUCAUCAAGAAGUGAACCAAAAACAGUCUUUCAGUGUGCCAGAGCUAAAAAAAAAGAGGUCUUCAUAUGAAGUUUCGUCCAGGCGAUGACAAUCCUGUGUGACCCCUUGGCCUCUAAGCUCAUACUCUGUCCCUGUACUGCAGAUUGCCAGUGAAAUCAUCCUCCACACUCAAUACCUCACUGUACAUACAUCUCCCACUGUUUGUUACUGAAUCUAGUCGUGCCCUUAGUCCACAAACUCCUUUGCCCGCAAGCAGUGUUGGGUAGCAUCUGUGAUUCAAGCCAGGGUGGUUCGUGGUGAGGUGACUCGCUGGUGCUGAGGUGGUUUUGAGAGCUUUGCUGAAUUGUAUCGACAUGUUGUUUCACGUUCAUGUUUCGAAUGGCUGUACCUCGUGUGUAAUUAGCUUUCCUCUUUCACUUCUGUGCUGCCACGGCUUCUUUACGGAGCAUCUAACAGAGCACACUGCUUGCUCAUUCUUAAAGCACUGUAAUUAAUCACUUGCUAGCCACAUAAACUACUUUUUCUUCAAGCUGCAGGCUGCUACACUAUCAUGCUGGCAGCACUUACCUUGCACUCGUGUUCAAGAAGGAACAUGAAGUGAGCAUUCACAUUUUGGAAAUAAGCUUUAGAAGAAUGUUGUUUUAGAACUUUAAAAGAGGGUUCAUCAUUUGGAAUGGUUCCUGUUUCUUGAUUGCGCUCAAGCAUGUGCAAGUGAGGAUUUCGUUAUUCUAUAGGAACAACUGCUUGCAGACAUUCAUAUAUGGUGGUUAAAUGAUCCUUGAGAGCCUUGGGAGAGUAAUUGCAGCCUGUAAGGCUACCUUUAUCAUGCUGGAAAACACUAUACACUUUGUUGCAAAAGUUUAUAGAACGUAGAGACCUGAAAAGCUCUAAAUUUUUUUAUAGCCUGGAAGCAAGAAGCUGAGUGCUGCGGUUUUAUGUUAUGUCUACCAGCAUAUUCAGCUUUUUGUAGCCUACAUGUUCCAUGACAUCUGUGGCCCUUAGUAACAUGCUGUGACCUCUCCAACUUUAUUAGACAUGGGCUAAGUCUAGUGCGAGUCACUCGCAUGUUUGCUGAUGCGUGCACUUUUUUCGACGGGUGGCGGGUGGUUCGUAUUCAGAGUGUCAAUGUUGCCUUGCACAUGCUGCCCUUCGCCUGCGAAUACAGCCAGUGGUGAGCUAAAGAAAUGAAUUCUAAGGAAAGUGUUACAUUGUUUCUGUGACAUCGAACCACAAGCGUUGCCUCAUGUAGGUUGUCCCUUUCUACAAAUUUAACCAGAAGACAGGUUAGUGAAAUGCAUUCCUAAGCUUGAAAGGAUGGCAUUGUUUUGCUGUUUAACUUGUCAAUAAGCAAGGGAGGGUUGUGUGUGAGCCAGGAUAUUUUUACAGUUGCAAGUGAAGAUGCAGUCAUGCAAGAGCAGCCUGUGACGAUGUUUUGUGGCUUAUGCAAUGCAACUGUUGCAGCACAGUCUAUGCAACUGUUUUCAUGCAUACCAUCAAUGCUAUUUCUUUGUACAAAGUUCUUCUUGCAUGUUUUUCGUACAUUUUUACAGAUGGAAGCAUGAUCUUUUUACAUCUACUGGCUCUGAAAAAGUGUCUGAUCUGUUACAGCGAAGCAUCGCUCUCAACAGUUUGUUUUUAACUUGGCCUAAUCAGCAGAGUAUUAAAACUAGCGCUACACUUGUGAAGCAGAGAUUACAAUGAGCGCUUAUCUUCUCUGAUUAGUAGCCUGUGCCUUCGGAUGCUUUAACCAGAGCUAUCUUAUGUAUAGUUAUCAAUUUCUUGAACUGGACUGUAUUUUGUAGAUACACAUCAAAAUAAAUAGUUUUUAAUGGCA